CCACCCACCUCCACCCACCACGAUGCCCGCUCUCGCCCACACGACCCGUGCGAUUGCCCGCCAAUGGACGGCACACCAAUUGCCCGUCGCGCGGGCUGCCGCCGCCUCUACAACCCAGAGCCGCUCCGUCUCCGAAGUCCACUCUCCCUCCUCAUCCUUCGAUAGCCCCUUCAAGGGCGCAGGAAGCAGCCCCAAGAUGCCCUCCUUCGCUGCGUACAGGAAUAAGUCUGGCGGCGAGACUGCGCCAAAGGUUUUCAGCUACUUCAUGGUCGGAACAAUGGGUGCUCUCACAAGUUUGGGUGCAAAGGCGACUGUUCAGGAUUUCCUCGUGAACAUGUCCGCUUCCGCCGAUGUUUUGGCCCAGGCCAAGGUUGAGAUCGAUCUCGCUGCCAUCCCCGAGGGCAAGAACGUCAUCAUCAAGUGGCGAGGCAAGCCCGUUUUCAUCCGCCACCGUACCGCGGACGAGAUCAAGGAGGCUGAGGACACAAAGUGGGAGUCGCUGCGUGACCCCCAGUCUGACGGUGACCGUGUGAAGAAGCCCGAAUGGUUGAUCAUGUUGGGUGUCUGCACCCAUCUUGGUUGUGUGCCCAUCGGCGAGGCCGGCGACUUCGGCGGCUGGUUCUGCCCCUGCCACGGAUCCCACUACGAUAUCUCUGGCCGUAUAAGAAAGGGACCCGCACCUCUCAACCUCGAGGUGCCCGAGUACGACUUCCCCGAGGAGGACAAGGUGGUCAUCGGCUAGAUCGUUUGGUUCCUGUACAUUUAGACAAAAGACCUGGGCGUGUGGCCGCGGAUGAUGAAGAGUAAAUGUAUUUGAUAGGGUGAAGCAUUAACAAAUUUCCUUGUCUUCUGGUUGGUGCCUAUGCUUGAUAGAUUCGGCUGUCUGCAGUAGGAAUGUAUCGCAUUUUCUCGCUUAUCAUUCAUGCUCUUGGUAAUACUCAUUGAUUUACACCUCCAUCACACGUCGUACCACAUGCACUAUCGACCGUGGAAGCAUUCGUUAUAUAUAAUAUCAUAGCACAUUCAGAUUCUACA